GAUAGUCGAUCACACUGCUUCUCCCUCUUUUCGCCAAAAAUUUGUUGGCGUGUUGUCAAUUUCCUCAGCGUUUGAUAGGCUUUGCGUUUUGUGUAGCACCGGAAAAGAUAAAUCAGCGACAAUGUACGGCGGAGAUGAAUACGCAAGCAAUUCGGAGUACUACGAUGACUUCGCGCACACCGGCGACCCGCAGCUGGACAUGGAGUACGAGAGGAACUACUUCGCCACCCGGAUGCCGGACAACGUCAAGUACUUCCUGAUCAACUUCUGCCAGGCGAUCAAGGAGGGCAACCUGUACGACAUCCAGAACAUGUACGAGAACACCUUCCCGCAGAUCAGCGAUCACCACUUCGACAAGACCGCCUGGCCGGAGGAGCAGGAGGUGGCCGCCAUCGUGGACAACGACAAGGUCUUCCUAAUCCUCUACAAGGAGCUCUACUAUCGCCACAUCCAUGCCCGCAUUCCCGGUGGCCCCAAGUUGGAGCAGCGGAUCAACUCGUUCUUCAACUACUGCGACUUCUUCAACCUCAUCAUCUCGGCCCAGAAUCCGGUGAUGCUGGAGUUGCCCGACAUCUGGUUGUGGGAGCUUGUGGAUGAGUUUGUCUAUCAGUUCCAAAACUUUGCGCAGUAUCGCGCCCGUCUGACGGACAAGUCGCAGGAGGAGAUCCAGCAGCUGUGCGUGAACCACAGCAACGUGUGGAGCAUCCUGUGCAUCCUAAACGUGCUGCACUCCCUGGUGGACAUCUCGAACAUCAAGAAGCAGCUGGAGGCCAUCUCGCAGGGCGUCGAUCCGCAGACCGUUGCCGGUGACUUCGGCAAGCUGUCCUUCUACAAGAUGCUCGGCUACUUCUCCCUCGUCGGCCUGCUGCGCGUGCACUCGCUGCUGGGUGACUACUACCAGGCCAUCAAGGUGCUGGAGCCCAUCGAGAUCCACAAGAAGUCCGCCUACUCGCACAUCCCCGCCUGCCAGAUCUCCACGUCGUACUACGUGGGCUUCGCCUACAUGAUGAUGCGCCGCUAUGCCGAUGCCAUUCGCACCUUCUCCGACAUCCUGCUGUACAUCCAGCGCACCAAGCAGCUGUACAGCACGCGCUCGUACCAGAACGACCAGAUCAACAAGCAGGCGGAGCAGAUGUACCACCUGCUGGCCAUCUGCCUGGUUCUGCAUCCCCAGUGCAUCGAUGAGUCCAUUCAGCAGGUGCUGCGUGAGAAGAACUACCACGACGCCAUGUUCAAGAUGCAGUGCGGUGAUUUGGAGGUCUUCAAGUCAUUCUUCGUCUUCGCCUGCCCGCGUUUCGUGAGCCCCUGCCCGCCGGCCGCCGAUGCACCGAUGGAGGACUACGUCAAGGAUCCCAUGGAGCACCAGCUGCUGGUGUUCAUGGACGAGGUGCGUCAGCAGAAGGAUCUGCCCACGACCCGCUCGUAUCUGAAGCUGUACACCACCCUGCCGCUGACCAAACUGGCCUCCUUCAUCGAUCCCAAUGCCAGCGACGAUGACGUGUCGAAGCUGCUGAUCCGCCUGCUCUGCUUCAAGCACAAAAUGCGCAACCUGGUGUGGAGUAAGGGACCCAGCGGCCUGGAGGGAACCUUCAAGUCGGGCUCUGAGUUGGACUUCUACAUCGACGACGACAUGAUCCACAUAGCUGACACCAAGGUUUCGCAUCGGUAUGGCGACUUCUUUGUGCGUAAAAUCCUCAAGUUCAACGAUCUGAAUCGCAAACUGAAGAACAUCAACAUUUAA